UACCCUCCAAAAUUUGCCUUAUUUCCUGUAGUCAUCUCUCUUCAAUCUUUACUCCAGCUUCCCAAAUAAUGGACGUCGAUCUCCACGAAGUUCACGAUGCCGCUAUUUCCGCCGUCGCCAACGGUGGCGCUAACCACGCCGACCACGGUUGGCAGAAGGUUUCGUAUCCCAAACGCCAACGUAAGGCCAAAUCCACGACCGAUCCCGAAAAGCCCAACCUUACCCGCGUUAACGGAGCCCUAAGUAACGGCGCUCCAAACGUUUUCCUUUCCAUCGAGCAACAGUCACAGGAUCGCCGCCGUCGGAUCCUCGAAGCUCAAAGAGCUGCUGAUGCCAUCGAGGCCGAUGCUAAGGUUAAAAAUACCAGAUCCGAUCUCGAUGAUGACGAUGAUAGUGAUCUGGAAGGCGUUAAAACUGACGGAAAGCCGGCGGAGGCGGAAAAGAAGGUGAAGCAAAAGAAACCAAAGAAGCCUAAGGUUACGGUUGCUGAGGCUGCUGCGAAGAUCGAUCCAGCUGUUCUCUCGGUUUAUCUCGCUGAAUUGGGUGGCGAACAGCAGGAAAUUCAAAUGCAGAAGUUUGCGAAUUUUUAUGGGAAGGCAUUUCAGGAAGUGGUUGCGGGGCAGUUUCCUUGGGUGAAGAUGUUUAAGGAGAGCACUGUUGCCAAGCUUGCUGAUAUACCCAUUUCUCAUAUUUCUGAUGCUGUUUAUAAGACAUCAGCCGAGUGGAUCAGCCAACAAUCCCUUGAGGCACUUGGUUUCUUUGUGCUAUGGUCUUUAGACAUCAUUCUUGAGGAUUUGGUGGCCCAACAAGCAAGUGCUAAGGGCUCCAAGAAAAGUGUGCAACAGACAUCCUCGAAGUCUAAGGUUGGUAUAUUUGUGGCACUAGCAAUGGUACUGCGACGUAAACCUGAUGCCUUAGUUAGUGUAUUGCUGAAGCUGAGAGAAAAUUCAAAAUACCAAGGACAGGAUAAGCUCCCCGUUAUUGUAUGGAUGAUUGUUCAGGCAUCCCGAGGAGAUCUUGCUGUGGGGCUGUACAUGUGGGCACAUCACCUCUUGCCUAUUGUAGGUGGCAAGAACUGUAAUCCACAGUCCAGAGAUCUAAUUUUACAGCUAGCGGAAUGGAUCUUAUCGGCCUCAAAAGCUCGGACAAUUUUAGUAAAUGCCGCUGUUAGAAAAGGGGAGCGUCUGGUGCCACCGUCUUCAUUUGAGAUUCUAAUGCGAGUUACCUUCCCUGCAUCUUCAGCUAGAGUAAAGGCGACUGAAAGGUUUGAGGCCAUAUAUCCCACAAUAAAGGAAGUGGCUCUCGCUGGUUCCCACGGAAGCAAAGCAAUGAAACAAGUAUCUCUGCAGAUAUUUCAUUUUGCUAUCAAAGCAGCCGGUCAAGCUACUCCCGAGCUAUCCAAAGAAGCCACCGGAAUAUUCAUAUGGUGUUUGAACCAGAAUGCUGAAUGCUACAAGCUUUGGGAAAAGGCUUAUCUUGAGAAUCUCGAAGCAAGUGUUGCUGUUCUCAGAAGCAUUUCUGAGGAUUGGAAACAGCACCCUGUAAAAUUUACUACUCUUGACCCUUUGAGGGAGACAAUCAAGAAUUUUCAGAGCAAGAAUGUAAAAGCGAUGAGCGAUGAAGCUGAUGCUGCCAGACAGGCACUGUUUCAAGAUGCAGGCAAGUACUGUAAGCACAUAUUGGGAAAGCUAUCGCGUGGCCAUGGAUGCUUGAAAGGUUUGGCCGUCCUUGUUGUUGCACUUGCUAUAGGUGCUGCUUUCUUUUCUCCGAAUAUCGAUGCCUCGGACUGGAACAAGCUGUCUGAAGCUUUUAGCACCUCAGAUUGGAACAAACUGUUCAGUGCUUUCAGCGCUUAACAAUCUUCGGCGUCUCGUAAAACUUCGGUUUUUAGAUACAUCUUUUUCGAUCGAGAACUUCUAACUGGCAAGUGGGAAGGAGAAAAGAAUACUACUAGAACAGCGGCUUAAGGAAGAUGAUAGUAAGAUUAUGCAGUGAGUUUGGGGGUUUACUACAGAUUACGUGUAUUUCAAGCAAUUUAUUAUAAUGACUUUUGUAGGCUCAAAUAAUAUAAGGAUUGAAAGUUGUUGGGUUAGUUGGCUGUUAGGUGUGUGAGCAUAACAUGCUUUAAACUUCGAAACCGAACCGGUCGGGAUUCGCUCAAGUCGGUUCGGUUGAAACUGUUUUGGCUCAAGUUUGUUAUGUGUUUCAAUCCAAGUUCUAUUUGUGAAAUGAAUAGUUGAAUA